AUGCACCUCCGCCGCCACCACCAUCCUCGGCCAUCACCACCAACCUCCGAUCCGGACACCACCACCACUCUACCAUCGGCCGCCUCCGCUGCCACCGUCUCUGACCACCACCACCAUCACCCUAUCUCCGGCGACCACCACCACCACUCUAUCACCGGCCACCACCACUGCCUUCGGCUGCCACUAUCUACGGCCGCCACCAUUGCCUCCGGCUGCCACUAUCUCCGGCCGCCACCAUUGCCUCCGGCUGCCACCACCACCACCAUCCUAUCUCCAGCGGCCACCACCAUCUCUGACCACCAUCCUAACCUUAUCUCCGGUGGCAAUCACCACCACCUCCGAUCACCACCAUCUACCUCCGGCCACACCACCUCCAGCCACCAUCACUAG